CAAUCGAAACGUUGAAAACAAAUUCGAGAUAUCUCGCAUAUUUAUCUAACAAACGUCCUUUUCAACCAGUCCUAUUUAAUAAUGUCUUUGUAACGUUAAUAUUAAAUAGAAACUCAAAAUGAUUGAAGUAUAAUAUUCCUGAAAAUGGUACAGUUGCUCCACACAAUUUGGGCGCUAUUGCUAAAUGCUUUGGAACUUCCAAUUUUUCGAACAUGUUUUGCUAACGCUAUGGAGGACGAAGAUCGUGAAUCGUUGCUUUGUGGACCACCAUUUAGUUCAUUUCUCUUUAGUCUUGGUAUUUAUAUGAUUAUCAUUCAUUCCACUCUUUUCCCACGUUCUUUCCGUGAACCAGAAAUGGGUUUCUUAGUACUCUAUGAGUUUCUGGCCACAGUAUUUCUCUUAGAAUUUACAUUGGCUUGCAUCUGGACACCUCUUGACGUGUUAAUCUCAACCAGGCUACCCACGACUGUUUGUCACUUGCUUCAACAGUUUGGAUCCGAUGAUGCAGUAAUCUCAUUUCUCACAAGCAAAUCUUUGACAGUGAUUAUAACUUACAUGGUUGCAAUCACGUUUCUUCUUCUUACACUUUAUGUUACAGAUUCUGUGGAUUAUACAAUUCUUAGGGAUUGUGGUGCAAUGCCUUUCGCUAUGGAUGUGAAAGAAAGACUAUGGGACAGAUUGCAACGAGAACUUCCAUUUUUGAAUAAAGAAACAAAAACUUGUCGUUGCAAAGUUCGUAGACGUGGUCGAAGCAAGAGUCAUCUCAAAUAAUAACAGAUCAUUCUGUAAAUUGAUAUGUAAAGUUUCAAAAAAAAGCCAAUGUAAAUAUUUAUGAAGUUAUUGGAUAUAUUAAUAAAAUAAUUUCAAACAAUUAUUUUAAUA